AUGACAAUUUACUGGAUUAUGGGGUGGCUUGUUGGCGUUCGUAGCGGCGAUUUAGGCAAACUCUACUUCGGAAGUUCGCCUCUUCCUACCCUACGAACCAUUGCCUCAUUGUUGGUAACUUUGGUGCUCCAAAUGCACCUGAACGUCCGCUAUACGCCCAUGAAUCGAAACGCAAACUUGGGGUCUAGCGUACUAUUUGGACUUGCCAACGGAACAUCAGAGACGAUGCUAUUUUUUGGAUCCUACAUUUUUGGGAAAUCCUUUUUAUUUUCCUUGUGGUGCCCCACAAGUAACCUUUACUCUACGACAAUCUGUACCCCAAAAAUGGCUGAUAUCUUCGGUUUUUUUACCUUCGUCGUCUAUGCUGGUCUAAUUCAUGUACUUUUUUGGCUUCCACUAGCCUUUCCGCUCCAUAUCCAGACUGACGCUAAGCCCUUUCUCAUCCAUGGGCUGCCGGCUCUUAUUGCCAUGUCAGUCAUGUGGCUGUAUUUGUACGAGAUGUACGACGAUAUUUUGCUAGUCUGUGUCCUACAUGCCACGAUUGACACCUGGACGGCUGUGAAGAUUGCUUUACCACCGCCUUGGGCCAAGUAA